GGGACAUGCAGGAGGCCACCAGGAGAGGUGAAGAAGGCCGGAGUGCAGGCCAGCGGAAGAGGCAAGGAGAAACCAAAGGAGCCAAACCCCGAGGAGGAAUGAAAGCUGGAGAAAGGAAAUUUGCCACAGCCUGCAAGGAAAUUGAAGAUAGAGUCAAGAAAUAUUAUGACACUCACCAGUUCCAAGAUCUACAUGAUGAUGAAGAUGAGGAGGAGGAGGAGGAUAUGGAGGAGGAAGGUGUUCUCGGUGAGCUAAAAAAAGAGCUUAAUGUUCAGCUUAAUGUUCUUGAAGAGUUCCAGUUGCUGGAUCCAUUCAUGGGUAGAAUUUAUUUUGCCACUGAGGAAUGAUAAAAUUCAGUAUGA